AUGCCUUCUGAUCCUAAAUCAAAAUCGGGCUCAAACUCAAAAACAUCUUCAUCGUCGAAGAAGCCUUCAUCUUCGUCAUCCUCAUCAUCCAGUAGGAAAUCAUUAUCAUCUUCCUCUUCCUCUUCCCGUUCGAGCUCAUCAGAACCACGAGAUGACAGACUCACCUCUUCAUACCUCAAAUCGCACUCAGGAUUCCUCCGACCCCUCAUCCUCUCUCUCUCAACAACCACCACCCUAUCUGGCACUAUCAUCUCCCUCAACCUCCUAUUCAUUUUCUUGUCACUCCAUCUGUACCUACCGCUCUUCCUUAUACCUCACCUUUCAGCGCCAAUUACCUUGCUGAUACCUAUCCAAAGUACCAUUCAAUGUAUCGUAUCAGAGAAAGGUAAGAAGAAAUCUGACGGUGCGCAAUGGUGUUUGUAUUGGAUUAUAUAUUGUCUAACAGGCUGGGUAAGGGGUGCCGCACAAAUUUGGUGGCCUAAUUAUAGGGGAAUGGUGGAGAUUGGUAGGACUUCGGUGUUAGUGCUCAUGGGUGGACCGUGGUUUGGAAGGAUGGGAUUGAGACCUGAAUCUGCUGGCGAUAGACAUAGUGAUAGCAGCUCUGAAAAGAGCAGUGGCAGUGGUAGUAGUGGUCGGUCUCGUAGCAGCAAGGACGAGAAGAGGAAGAAAGACGAACCAAAACGUAGCAAAUAA